AUGGCGCUAGAGGAAGGGCCGGUCCGAAUGUCAAGCGAUCCACAGGCUCACUCCGACGAACCCCCAGCCAUCCGGUCGCACACGACCGACGCGACGGAAGAGCACCCACAACAGGAGGGAAUUCGGGACGAGCGCCCCGCUGCGAUCUCGGAGCGCUAUUGGCGAUUAUUCAACGAUCCGGGUCUAUCGCCCCCCGUCGCCAAUCCCGGUGGCCCGUCACCCGUGCCACCCGAAGCCUUCUACGACCUCACGCACCAGGUUCGGGCCCUUACGGGAGUAAUGCAGACCAUCAUCCCGCUGGUCUCUCCCCCGACGUCUUCACACUCAACCUUACCUCCACCGCGGCAACGGCCCACCGCUCAAAACCCCGCACCGCUCCCCGAGUCUCCCGCUUCGCCUCCGGGCCAAUCGACCCAACCCGGGAGCCGAGGAGCGGAGGAACCAGCGGCGCACCCGACGCCCGUAGUGUUGAAUCUCGGAUUUUGA